AUGGGAAGCGCUGGGAGGCUUGCUUUGUUUUCUUUGUUUUGCAUUCAAAUCCUUGCAGUGAGUGUGCUUGCAAGGAAUGUAGUGAGUGUGGAGCAUGAUGAGGAGGAAAAGAACUUAGCUGUUGGGCAGGGAGGGGGAUUUGGUGGAGGAGGUGGGUUUGGCAGUGGAGGUGGAGGUGGAGGUGGAGCAGGUGGAGGUGGUGGUUUUGGAGGCGGCGCUGGUGGAGGUGCUGGCGGUGGGGCUGGCGGUGGGUUUGGUGCUGGUGCUGGUGGCGGAGCUGGAGGUGGCGGCGGCUUUGGAGGUGGCAGUGGUGGAGGUGGAGGAUUAGGUGGGGGGCAUGGGAUUGGUGGUGGUGCUGGUGGUGGAUUUGGUAAAGGUGGUGGUGGUGGUGGUGUUGGCGGUGGGAUUGGUAAAGGUGGCGGAGUAGGCGGUGGUGCUGGGGGUGGAAUUGGAAAGGGUGGUGGAGUUGGAGGAGGAGCUGGUGGUGGAUUUGGUAAAGGUGGUGGUGUUGGCGGGGGGAUUGGUGAAGGUGGCGGGGGGGGGGGUGGGGUGGGGGGGGGGUGUGGGUGUGUUGGUGGAGGAAUAGGAAAAGGUGGAGGUGUCGGUGGGGGAGCUGGUGGUGGCUUCGGAAAAGGUGGUGGAGUAGGUGGUGGGAUUGGCAAAGGUGGUGGUAUUGGUGGAGGUGGAGGCAUUGGGAAGGGUGGUGGGGGUGGUGGCGGAUUUGGCAAAGGUGGUGGUGUUGGAGGAGGAAUAGGAGCAGGUUCCGGUGGUGGAUUCGGUGGAGGUGCAGGAUUUGGUGGUGGUGGCGGCUUCGGUGGAGGUAUUGGGCACCACUGAACUUCGCGUUCUGUGUGUUACAUGUGCAUGUGUAUGAAGGAGGGAUAUUGUACUAUUUCUUUUACUGCUGCCUUCAUUUAUUUUGUUAAACAAUAAUAUUUAGAAGUAAUUCUAUCUGGGGUGAUCGAUGAUGACUCUAGUCUGCUUCUUGUACUAUGCUGGGGGUAGGGGGCAACAACAUAUCAGUGUACAUUUUCUUCUAAAAAAAACUGGAGUCACCUUUGCA